AUUCACAUAACAAAAUACAAAAGCCGCUGAUUUCUGCCCCAACAUUUUCUAAAAAAGGUUUUUGAAAAACAACAAAUUCCUUUCCCAAAAGACGAUGUCAUUUCGCCAACACUAUAAAUUAGUAACCAAACAAGCCAUCCGAUGGUUUCCCGGCCAUAUGGGCAAAGGUCUCCGCCAAAUGCAACAGAAACUGAAAUCUGUCGAUUGUCUCAUCGAGGUCCACGAUGCUAGAAUACCACUUUCUGGACGUAAUCCUGAGUUCAAAAACACAAUUGGUGGCAUUAAACCCCAUAUCUUGGUCCUUAAUAAAAAGGAUUUAAGUGACAAUAAAAUGCACUCACGAAUCAGUGAGAGAAUCAAAGAAACUGAAGGUAUUGAUCAUGUCAUCUUCACAAAUUGCAAAGAUCAACAGUGCCCUGGAAUAAAGAAAGUCAUGCCUUUGGCCAGUGAUCUUAUAAUCAACUCGAAUCGGUACAACCGAACUGACGAGAAAGACUUCUGUGUGAUGGUGAUAGGUGUUCCGAAUGUGGGUAAGUCUUCGCUGCUAAAUGUUAUGAGAAAUCGCCAUCUGAACAAGAAGAAAGCCACCACUGUUGGUGCGAUUGCUGGCAUAACUCGAAGCGUAAUGCAAAAGAUCAAAAUUUCCGAAGAUCCACUGAUUUAUAUGAUCGACACCCCGGGAAUUCUCGAACCAAAGAUAAAAGACGAUGAGAUGGGCAUGAAGUUGGCGCUGAGUGGAUGCCUGCCAGAUCAUCUUGUGGGAGAGGAUCUGAUUGCCGACUACUUAUUGUUUUGGAUGAAUUCCCAAAGUCGAUUUGAAUACGUCAAGCACAUGGGUCUAGAAGCUCCUACCGAUUCCAUAGUAGAAGUAUUAAUCGCCGGAGCCAACAAACUGGGGAAGACCAAAAAACUCAAAACCUAUGAUGGAAGUAUAACUGUCCUGCCGGAUGUGCUUAUGGCUGCCCAGUUCUUCAUUCGAGCAUUUCGAAAUGGAGAAUUUGGCAAGGUGAAUUUAGACCGCGACGCUUUUAGAUAAAAGAGAAAUUAGGAAAAUAAAUAAAUAAUUUAAAAAAAG